AUGAAGGAAAUAGUUUUUUUUAUUUUGCCAGUGGGUAUAUUUUUAUCUGUUUGUUUAUUAAGCGGGGUAGUGAUGUUCCAACAAUUUGCCAUAUACAUCCAAAAAAAAAGUAUUAAUUUUGAAAUAUAUUCUUAUAAAAUAACCGUUUCAAUAUCAUCACUAAUAUCAUUAUAUUCUUUAGUCCGUUUUUCAUUCACUAUCUUUGAAUUAAAAAAUUUUAACGAGGAAAAUACAGAUUAUUUAAAUGCCCCCAACUUUCGAAAUUCAUAUCUAAAAAAAAUAAGAUUGCAAAGGAACUUUUGGAUUUUAUUAUUAUGCACAAUAAUCUGGAUAUUUUUUAUUCGUUUCACUUAUUUGCUUGGAUACUAUCGAGGAUGUGUAAAAAAAAUUAAUGACGAAUUUGAACAAAUUUUAGAAGCAAAAAGGGAUUCUCAAAGUACACAAAAAAAAUUGUCACAAACCCCCCUAACUGCUGAAAAUAAAACCAACGAAAAUAAGAUAAUCAGUGAAGAUAUAUUAGACGAUCUUAGUAAGGACAAAAAAGGGAACACCAUAAGACAACGUCACUGA